AUGCAGAGCUCAACUGUGGAAGUGAGCGUUGUGACGUUCUCCAUGGCGAAAGGAUCCUCAACCAGUGACAACGUCAUUAGCUUGAGUUGUAGUGAGACAGCAGGAUGCAAGAACAUCGUAGUUGAUCAAGUCAACAUUACAUCUUCCAUUCCAUCGAAAAUGGUUUCAGCCACAUGUUCCAAUGCUCAGGGAAAAUCUGUCAAUGUUUUGCCUACUAUUCCCUUAUCAGACUACUACUCACCAAGAAGAAUAUUGCUGCAGGAAGCUGUGCCGGCAAACAUUAAUGGAGUUUUUAAUGUUGUUGAUUUCGGUGCAACUGGGAAUGGCUUCUUUGAUGAUUCCCAAGCUUUUCUGGAGGCAUGGGGAGCUGCAUGCGGGUCUACGGAGGGCACCCCAACCGUUGUCAUACCUACCGGAAAGACUUUCCUCUUGAACCCUAUCACCUUCCAUGGGCCAUGCAAAUCCAACACUCUUCUUGUACAGGUUUUUGGGAAUAUUGUUGCUCCCACUUCAGUAAAUACUUGGGAAGGCCUGGACAAGGGUAGCUGGAUUUUAUUCACGAGCGUAAAUGGUCUCAUCAUUGAUGGAGGUGGCACAGGACAAGUAAAUGGCCAAGGUGCAGCUUGGUGGGAUAAUUGCAAUUCACUGCGCAUACAUAUGUGUAAUUCAUUCAAGGUAAGAGGAAUGAAGCUUGUUGACAGUGCAAAAGGGCAUAUUGGUGUGUCAAAUUGUAAUGAUGGUGACCUUAGCAGCGUUGUCAUUGUUGCUCCCGAUGAUAGUCCUAACACUGACGGCAUAGACAUUUCCUCUUCAAUUCGCAUUCGUAUUAAUGACAGCACCUUUAGCACUGGUGAUGAUUGUAUUGCCAUCAAUGGAGGGUGUUCUUUCAUCAACAUUACUAAUGUUCUUUGUGGACCAGGGCAUGGCAUAAGUGUGGGAAGCUUGGGUGAAAAUGGAUCUUAUGAUACAGUAGAAGAGGUGAAUGUGCAAAAUUGCUUCUUUAAUGCAACUCAAAAUGGUGUAAGAAUCAAGACAUGGCAGGGUGGAUCGGGAUAUGCACGAAAAAUCAAUUUUCAGAAUAUCACACUCAACAUUGUCGAAAAUCCUAUUGUUAUCAACCAAUAUUAUUGCCCUAUGAAGCCCUGCAAUAAUGAGAGCUCAACUGUUGAAGUGAGCGAUGUGACGUUCUCCAUGGUGAAAGGAUCCUCAACCAGUGACAACGUCAUUAGCUUGAGUUGUAGUGAGACAGCAGGAUGCAAGAACAUCGUACUUGAUCAAAUCAACAUUACAUCUUCCAUUCCAUCGAAAAUGGUUUCAGCCACAUGUUCCAAUGCUCACGGAAGAUCUAUCAAUGCACUGGCCAAAGAAAGUGAAGUAGGAGCCAUUGCUGCAUUGACUGGUUCACAAGUCCUUCAGAUUCUGAGAGUGCAACCUGGUGCUUCAGAUCUUGAAGGUUUAAAUGUUUAG